AUGCUUGACGGUAUCAACAAUGAGCCUGGAAUUAUGGGUAACUAUUCUAAUCUAUCUAGGUUCAUUCACACUAAUGCCAUUGUUGAUUUAUCAGUGCCUCAGAGCCUUAUUCCUACCAUUGCUACCUUGCCCACUAUUAUCGCACAAACCCGUUCUACACUUAAUGGCAUUGAAAAUGAGACUGGGACCAUGGGUAGCUACACUAAUCUACCUACACUUGUUCACACUGACACCAGUAUUGACUUGUCAGCACCCCAGUCUCUGAUCCCAUCCAUUGCCACCCUACCUGCCACCAUUGUGUAUCAUGGCCAGGAAGAUUCAAUAUCUAUCGACAGCGCUAUUCCCAACAUUGACAACCAACCACACAUGACACUCACUAUGACGACGCUCGAUGAUAACAAGUGCAAUGUCUCUCAAGCACACAUUUUCGAUCUGAAUCUUGAAGGUACAAGCUUGCAUGCCUUCAACAAUAAACAUAUUGAAAGUUUCAAUGAUCCAAAGGGUGAGCGUGCGCUAACACUUGAUGACUACAACAUGCUCACCAACAUCCUUAACCACGCAGCCCCCAUUAUCAAUCAUGAGCCUAUUAUUACUACCAAGAAUGAAUCUAUGCAGGAAAAUGUCGCGGAUUCGUAUGAACGACUGGAUGUAUUCUUUGUUCAUUCCACAUCUAUGGAUCCACAAUCCCCAACAUAUGGACACACCAGUACACCUUUUUUGUCGAGCAUAUUCCCUCACACCCCACCAAACUCGCACCUUAGUUUAUUAAAAUCCAAUGAUAUCUUGCUGUCCCAUUUUUUUUCGAGUCAAAUGGCUCUACUCUGA